AUGAUACUUGUUUUUGAGUUCUUCCAUUCUCACUCGCUUCACAAACAGUUGGAAGAACUUCUUCCUACGUGGGAAAAACGUUUGAAAAUGUGCCUUGAGAUUGCACACGGAUUGAAUUACAUUCAUAAUGAGAUGGAGGACCAAAAGAUGGCAAUUCACCGUGCCAUAAGUAGUGAAAACGUUUUAGUAGGCGUCAAUGGGGGUGUAAAGAUUACUGGAUUUCGAGAAUCUUUGCUUGUGCCUCCGAAUCAGGCUGAUGACACUAUGUAUUUCUGGAAUACAAAUCCUCACUUCAAUCCUUAUAUGGAUCCUGAAUAUGCUAAGACUAGCAAGAUAAAAAGAGAGUCAGAUGUAUAUAGCUUUGGAAUAGUUAUGCUUGAAAUCAUAUGCGGGAAGUCUAUCAAGUUGUUAACUAAGGUUAAUGACGGUCAAGAACGUGAACUAUUGUCCCAGUUGGUGCGACAAUGGUUCGACACGGGAAUAAUGAAGAAAAAGAUAACUUCCGUACUUACGGGGGAGAAUGGAGAUAACAAGUUUUAUCUAAAUAAAGGACCCAAUGCAGAUUCUUUAGAAACAUUUUUAAAAAUUGCAUGUCGGUGUUUGGCGGAAACACAAAACGAGCGUCCAACAAUGAAAGUCGUGGUCGAAGAACUCAACAAAGCAUUAUCAUUUCAUGUAAACAAUAAGGAUAACUUCCGGAUGUCACUUGAGGAAAUAAAAUUGGCCACGAAUAACUUCAGUGGUGACAACGUCAUUGGAGGAGGAGGUUUUGGGAAGGUAUACAAAGGCGAAGUUGCACACAGACAUGGAAAUGGGAAUUAUACCAUAGUCACAAAGCGGUUAGAUACAAGUCAAGGUCAAGGGGAACAACAAUAUUACAAUGAGCUACAAAUACUCUACGAGUAUAAGCAUGAGAAUGUCAUCGGUCUUGUAGGCUACAACGAUGAAACAUGUGAAAAAAUCAUUGUUGAUGAAACAUGUGAAAAAAUCAUUGUUUAUGAGCAUGCGUGUAAGGGAAGCCUUGACAAGUAUCUGAAUGACACUAGUCUUACAUGGAGGAAUCGACUUAUGAUAUGCAUUGAUUUUGCAACCGGGUUGGAUUUCCUUCAUGGAGGCAUUCAUGGAAAAGAGGUUGUGAUACAUAGGGACAUCAAAGCUGCUAAUAUUUUAUUGUUUGAUGAAUGGAAGGCAAAAAUUGGUGAUUUUGGGCUUUCUAUCAUAAGCACAGUAAAUGAACAAACAGACUAUGUCAUCGAUCAUGCUUGUGGCACACGGGGCUACUUGGACCCGUUGUACUUAAAAUCGGGUUUCUUAACUAUAGAAUCCGACAUUUAUUCAUUUGGUGUUGUUUUGUUUGAGAUCUUGUGUGGGAGAUCAACAUUUGAAAUUCGCAAAUAUGAGGGUCGAUAUCUACCGAGUUUCAUGAAGCACAAAUUUGAAGAAGGGAAACAAGACGAGGUUGUAUUUGAGGCUUUAAAGAAAGAAAUCAUGCCAAAAUCAUUGACAACAUUUCAAAACAUUGCUUAUCAAUGCUUAGAUGAGGAUAGAGAAAAAAGACCAAGGGCGAAACAAGUUUUAGCACAACUUAAGAAGGCAUUAGCAUUUCAUGAAGAUGCAAACAUAGGAGCAGAAACGAGCUAAACAAAAAAAGAAGAAACUGUUUAUGGAUGUCAAAAACUCUCGAUAACUACUAAGUUUAACAAGCAUAACGGUCAUGGGAAUGUAAUGUAAUUUUAUUGAAUGUUUUAAAUCUUGUGCUUUUUCUUUUGGUUCAAUUGGGUAAUUGUAAUCUUAGUUUUGUAGAACCCAUGUUAUUUGUGUUUACAUGAUUUUUAAGUAGUG